AUGAUGCCUUUGCUAAACCUCAUCCUUUUUGCGGCGCUGGUCUUAACAUCGUUUGCUGUAUACUAUGUCUUCGUUGCACCGCGUUUCAAUCCGUUGCAAGAGCUACCUGGCCCCCCAGUGAAGAGUCUGUUUGACAAUCAUAUGGCUGCGCUGUUGAAUCCAGACAAGUCGCCCAUCAAUCAUCAGAGGAUUGUCGAACACUACGGUCGUCUUGUGAGAAUCAGGGGUCUUGGUCCGUGGGACGAACGCAUAUUGCCCCUGGAUCCAGUGUCCCUGGCACACGUCCUGAAGAACACCGCGAUCUACGAGAAACCAUGGCAAUCCAGGCAGCUUAUUACUGGUCUCAUCGGCUGUGGGAUGCUAGCUGCAGAAGGACAGAUGCAUAAGCGUCAGCGACGCGUGGCGACGCCCGCCUUCUCGAUACAGAACAUGCGAGCUCUCAUCCCCCUGGUCUUCGGCAAGGGUAACGAGCUGAAGGACAAGUGGUUGGCGCUAAUAUAUGAAGGCAGCACCCCGGGGAAAGAGGGAGGCAUGGUCCUAGACGUCUGCUCCUGGGUCAGUCGCGCGACCUUCGACGUUAUCGGUCUAGCUGGCUUCGAUUACGAGUUCAAUGCCAUACAAGAUGAAUCGAACGAGCUCUUCCUCGCUUAUAAAGAAAUGUUCGAAAUCGCCAUCUCACAAAGUGCCGGGGGUGCUCUGCGCUCAGUGCUGGCGAUCUACUUUCCUAUAAUCGACAAACUAUUCCCUAAUCAAGCUACUCGGACCGUUGACAGGGCACACGACGUAAUCGAGCGUGUAGCAGGGCAACUGAUCCAGGAGAAGAAACGGAAGAUACACGAGGGCGAAGUGAAUGGUAAAGGAUACCACGGGAAAGACUUGCUCGCCCUGCUUCUCAAAUCUAACGUGGCUGCUGAUCUCCCUCCAGAACAGCGCAUCUCCGAUGAAGAUAUCCUGCACAAUAUCAAUACCUUCAUGUUCGCGGGGUCCGAUACCACCUCAUUGGCGUUGACGUGGAUACUGGCACUACUCGCGCAGCAUCCCCAAGUACAGACACGGCUACGCAACGAACUUUUAUGUAUUGCUCCAUCCUCCGACCUUGCAAAGCUCACACCAGAGGAAACGGAGUCGUUCUAUACUACUAUCUCGAAUCUGCCGUAUCUACACAAUGUAGUGCGAGAGACGCUCAGGCUUAUCCCUCCGGUGCACUCCUCUCUGCGGGUGGCGACGCAGGACGAUAUCAUUCCUGUCUCGUACCCCGUUCGGAUGCGCGAUGGGAGGGAGGAGAGGAGCGGCUUAAGGAUCCCCAAGGGGACGUUCGUGCAUGUACCCAUAGAGGCGUUUCAGCUUGACAAGGAGUGGUGGGGCGAGGACGCAUGGAGUUUCAAUCCAGAUCGCUGGGAUAAUCUUCCAGAGAUCGUCACUGAACUUCCUGGCCUAUUCUCCAACCUGCUUACGUUCUCAGCCGGUCCUCGGUCGUGCAUCGGCAUGCGCUUCUCGAUGAUCGAGAUGAAGACGUUCCUGUACAUCCUCUUGACCAACUUCGUGUUCUCGGGCACAGGGGACAAGAUCAUCAGGGCCAACGUAGUGCUCACACGGCCGUAUGUGCAGGGUCGGUAUAAGGAAGGAAGUCAAUGUCCGCUAUUUGUAAGACCAUAUACCCCAGGAGAGCCGUGAUAUUCUUCUAUAUUUAUCGAUUACGCAUAUCAAUUUAUAUCAUCUACUUGUAUUUAUGACUGUGUAACAUACACCGCGCAUAUACGGAGUCUUCGGUCGGAUGCC